AUGAACGCAGGAAACACCAUUGUCUACGUCAAAAUUACUGGUAAGGCCAGAGAUGGCUUUAUUGAUCCACCAAAGUUUCAUUGGGACUUAGAAAAGGAUAAGAAGCUUUGGGCAACCAUUUCAAAGUUUGGCGACAGUAAGAAGAGCAUCGAUUGGACAAAAUUGAGCCGAGAGUUCCAGGCUCCAGAGUACUUUUUGCGUAAGCGAAGCUACAGGCUCUUUGCCAAGCAUCUGAAAUUGCUGGAACAAGAAAUAGAGACGAAAACUCGCGGAUUGACAGUGAACUCUAAUGUUUCACGCGAUGGCACAUACGAACCCAGAGAACGUGAUGAUCACGAUGACAGUGAACGCAGCUAUAUAAAUCCAAGAGAGCGCGGCAAUACUGCCACCCCGGAGGGACUCUACAAUUUGCGUUCAUCACAAAUUUUGAAUCAAAAAGUUCCGGGAGACACCAAGGGAACGGAGUCGUCCCUAAGUGAAUUAUCCAAUUUGAGCGUUAGCAAGUCAGCUUUAGAGGAGGCAUUGCUGGACAGGCUCCAGUUAUAA